CUCUACCAAGCUAACCACCACCAGGAUUUAUACAGCUUCGCAUCUACCUCUAGAGCCAUUCUAUAGCUAGCUGAGAAGAGAGCACAGGAGGAGUUGUCUCUGACAUUUUGUUGAAAUCUUCUGAAUUCUUCUCAGUGGGGGAGUACUGUAGUGAGACAACUGAAGUCUACCAUAUUUCAUUUUUCGUGGAAACCAACAAGGCCUUUUUUUUCUCCCUCAACGUUGAAGAAACUGUACAACUAGCAACAUGUGUACAGGAAAGUGCUCUAAGGUCAUUGCGAUCUCGCUCUACAUCCUGGCGGGGGUCUCAAUCAUCUGUAACAUCAUUGCGUUCUUCCCCGACUGGUCGACGAAGUACGCCAAGUUGGACAGAGAAGAAAAUGGAGCCCGGAUCACCGACGAGGUCAAAUUCAUGGGAGGUGUCAUCGGCGGAGGAAUCAUGUGCCUUAUUCCAGCAAUCCAUAUCCACCUGACUAGCAGCAAUGGUUGCUGUGCCAACCGCUGUGGGAUGUUCCUAUCCAUUGGGUUUGCUGCUGCUGGGGUUGUUGGAGCACUGUACAGUCUGGCUACAUCUGCCCUGGGCCUGUCCAAUGGACCUGUCUGCCUCUUUAUGGAAACACCAACAUCUGUUCCAGGGUGGGGGAGACCUUUCUUCAACAACAACGGGAGUUACCUGGGCGACAGUGACCUGUGGACAAAGUGUAUAGAGCCCAAAGGUGUUGUGGAGUUUAACCUUGGGUUGUUCGCCACGCUGUUGGUGGUGGCAAGUCUGGAGCUGGUGCUGUGUGGAAUACAGAUGGUCAACGGACUGUUUGGAUGCAUCUGUGGCACCUGCGGCGGCAGGGAGUAGGAAGCGUGAUGAUCCAUGAUGACCAUCGACUGUGACCAUUUUUCAACCAUGACCACUUGACCACUUGAGAAACACAAAGAAGAACUGACCACAACCCAUCUGUACCCAUUUGUCAAGAGGAAUGAAUGGUUAUUGAAGAAAGGUUGACGUAUUCCCUGACUCUUCUCUCUAUGGCCUACAAAGAGUAUUUAUAAUAGACAUAUAAUGGCUUAGUGUAUUAGGCUGUUCAAAACACAUCAGUGACUGUAAUAAUCACUAGUUAUGUUCAUUGAUAUGACUUUCUGUAAAUGUUAUGUUUCUCAUGUUUCAAUAUAAUUCUAUGCACAUUUUAUGUUAUAUUUUGCAAUACAUGCUGGGUGAAAAAAACUAA